AGUAUUUAUUUGCUUUUCUGGGUUAUCUUUUUUCUGUUAGAAAAGAAACAACUUUGUUGCCAUGGCUGAUACUUCUCUUCCUAACCAAAGGUUAUCGGGAAAAGUCGCUUUAGUCACUGGAGGGGCAAGUGGCAUAGGAGAGAGCAUAGUACGUCUAUUUCAUAAACAUGGUGCAAAAGUAUGCAUUGCUGAUAUUCAAGAUGAAGUUGGACAGCAUGUUUGUGGAACCCUUGGUAAUGACCAGAAUGCGUGUUUUAUCCACUGUGAUGUUACUUCAGAAGCUGAUAUUAGUAAUGCAGUUGAUUUUACCGUUCAAAAGUUUGGUACACUUGACGUAAUGGUUAAUAAUGCCGGGUUGUCUGGGCCCCCUAUUCCAGAUAUCCGUGACUAUGAACUUUCUGUGUUUGAAAAUGUGCUUGAUGUGAACUUGAAAGGUGUUUUCCUUGGAAUGAAGCAUGCUGCUCGCAUAAUGAUACCACUAAAGAAGGGAGCAAUGGUAUCUCUGUGCAGUGUCGCAAGUGCCAUUGGUGGAGUCGGACCUCAUGGUUAUACAGCUUCUAAGUAUGCUGUUCUGGGACUUACGCAGAACGUUGCAGCUGAGAUGGGAAAGCAUGGUAUACGCGUGAAUUGUGUUUCUCCUUACGCUGUUGCAACUGGAUUAGCUCUGGCUCACUUACCUGAGGAUGAAAAGACCGAUGAUGCAAUGGAAGGUUUUCGUGCUUUUGCUGGCAGGAAUGCUAACUUGCAGGGUGUGGAAUUGAUGACUGAUGAUGUUGCUAAUGCUGUGCUUUUCUUAGCCAGUGAUGAAUCAAGGUAUAUUAGUGGGCAUAAUCUGAUGAUUGAUGGUGGUUUCUCGUGCGUUAAUCACUCCCUUAGGGUCUUCAGAUAGAUACAUGUUGAUCAAUCUUAUAGGAAACUUUCAAGAGAUUGUCAUACUGUUUAUGAUUUUUCCAUUCAAAAAAUGAAAACAACAAGACUGAUUUUCUAUUACAGAUGUUUAAGGUUGAGAUUGACAAGUUCAGAUAGAGUUGCUAUGCAGUUAGGUGUAUAAUCAUGUGUGCUGACAAUACAGUUAUGUAUGUAUAUUUAAGAGUCGUGGUGCUGGUAUUCGUAUGGUGUACAUCAUUAUAAACUUGAGUUGGUAUUUUGGAUUAUUGCUCAUUUACCUGUUA